ACUCAAUCACCGGCAAAUUGAUUAAAUGUGCGAAUAUAAUUGUGGCCAAAGAAAAAUGUGUUCUUUACAUUGUUAUGUUUUUUUUUUAUUCUCCAGUGUUUAAUUCCUCUAUGGGACCGGGGAUUAGUUAAUGAAACACUGUAAACUACUUUUCAUACAUCUCCUCCUUCACGUCUGCACAUCAGUCUCGCGCGCUCACGCACAUCAGACCCAUCCCGCGCUCAGUUGUUGCUGCUGAGUGUCUCACCGCUCAUUCAGUUCUUAUCCUCGCGUUAGGACGCGUUAGGACGAAAGCUCUGAGAAUUAAAGUCACAUAAAAAUAUAAGAACAAAUCUGUUUGAAAAUAAAAAGAACAACAGCUGCCCAGAGGGAAAUUAAGCACACAGAGAGAUGCUGCGCUUUGAAGUCGUGAUCCUGUUGCUUCUGGUGAGCUGUGUGUUUGGGUGGCAUGAUUUAGAUAACAAUGAGUUUGAUUGCUGGCCACUGGAUGACCCAGAUGAGUUCAAUAUGAUCAACUGCGGAGGUCUUGAGAUGGCGUGGGUGUUACGGCCUCCACAGCGUGUGAUGACUGGGGAGGAGUUCGAUGUGAUCUACUCUGUGACUGUGAAAGAGCAGUUCUACCAAUGGGCAGUGGAUCAUCACAUCUUCCCACACAGCUCCAUCAGCAGCGCAUCAGAGGCGCAGCGUUUCUGUGAGGAGCACGAGUGCCCCGACUGGAAGGAUGCAAACGGGGAGAACUGCUGCAUCCACCACGCCAACGUUCACUCCUGCCCCAUGGGCUUCAUGGUGAAGGAGAGAAUCUGUGGUCCCUGGAUUCCCGAUGAUGGCAGAAUAUUCACUCACACCAUCUCGACCGCAGGCAAAAUGACCCAAGCCAACUGGACAGCCAAGGUGGUUUUGACACAUGUUGGCGUUACUUCACUCAUUGCUCACAUCCGUGUAGGGAGAAUGCAGGUUGCUCUGGAGUCCACAAGCAUAGCUGCCCCACCUACUGUGUGUGGGGAUGGUGUGUGUGAUGAGGAUGAGCUGUGCUCCACCUGUCCUGCUGACUGCUCUGACUGCCCCAUGAGUCCCUCCAUCAAAACCGCCAUCGGACUCCCUCUCACCAUCGUCGUCAUCAGCUUCAUUCUGACCGCAGUGUGGUUUCAUUACCAGAAACAGAAGCUUCUGUGGGAUGAGAGUUGGAUCAUUGAUUUCAGCCAAAUCAAACAAGAUUAUGUCACCCGGGCAACCACAGGUAGUGUGAUGAGUGUUCCUAUGGCCAAUAGCAACUCAAACGCCAGUUGUGUGACAGCCAUCAGCUCCUGCACUGCAAACCCAAACUCCCGCAAACUACCCUACACAAACACAGGGAUAUAUGAUGGACAAACAGUGGCCAUAAAGAAGAUCAGGACUAAGAGCUUCUCCCUGUCUAAGUCUAUCCGACAAGAAGUCAAACAAGUUCGAGAGCUGGAUCAUCCAAACCUCUGUAAGUUCUAUGGAGGAUGUGUUGAGAUUCCGAAUGUAGCCAUAGUUACGGAGUAUUGCCCUAAAGGAAGUCUGAAUGAUGUGCUACUCAACGAAGACAUCCCACUGAACUGGGGUUUCAGGUUCUCCUUUGCCACGGACAUCGCCCGGGGCAUCUCUUACCUGCACCAGCACCGCAUCUGCCACGGCCGCCUCAAGUCCAGCAACUGCGUCAUUGACGACCGUUGGGUCUGCAAGAUAACAGAUUAUGGUCUGUGGUCAUACCGGCGUGAGGAUGCUGCGGAGCCCUUGACUGUGUAUCAACAGAGGCUGAGGGAGGUGUAUCAGGCCCCAGAGAACUUCCACACACACUCACACACAGAGCCCUCUUUCACAGGAGAUGUGUUCAGUUACUCUAUCAUCCUGCUGGAGAUCGCCACCCGAAGCGACCCGGUGCCUGUGGAUGAGAGUCCCCAGGAGAGUGCUUGGUGUCCUCCGCUGCCAGAACUUAUCUCUGGGAAGACAGACAGCACCUGUCCCUGUCCAGCUGAUUAUGUGGAGCUCAUCCGUAGGUGCAGAGCUCACAACCCAAUUCAGCGGCCCACCUUUGAGCAAAUCAAGAAGUUUGUUCACCGCAUCAACCCCAACAAAGUCAGCCCUGUGGACAUGAUGAUGAACCUGAUGGAGAAAUACAGUAAGCACUUGGAGGUUUUGGUGGCAGAGCGGACUCAGGACCUGAUGCACGAGAAGCAGAAGACAGACCGCCUUUUAUACAGCAUGCUGCCGAGGCAGGUGGCUGAUGACCUGCGCCAGGGAAAGUCAGCGGCCGCUCAGAGCUACGUCAGCGCUACGGUCUUCUUCAGUGACAUAGUGGGCUUCACCCAGCUGUCCAGCAGCAGCACGCCUUACCAGGUGGUGGACUUCCUCAACAAGCUCUACACCACCUUCGACGACAUCAUCGACGUCUACGACGUCUACAAGGUGGAGACCAUCGGGGAUGCAUACAUGGUGGUGUCAGGGCUGCCGAUUGAGAACGGCAUCAGGCACGCAGCGGAGAUCGCAAGCAUGGCCCUGGACCUGGUGUCCGUCUGCAGAAGCUUCCGGAUCCCACACAAGCCCAACAGCCAGCUGGAGAUCCGCGCAGGCAUACACUCAGGUCCAGUCGUUGCUGGGGUUGUUGGGACUAAAAUGCCACGCUACUGCCUCUUCGGUGACACAGUAAACACUUCUUCCCGUAUGGAGUCUACCAGCGAAGCAAUGAAGAUCCAGUGUAGCUCCAGUGUGUACUACCUGCUGGAGGAGAUAGGGGGGUACCUGCUGCACUGCAGAGGGGUACUACAAGUGAAGGGCAAGGGUGACAUGGUGACAUACUGGCUGGAUGGGAAACUCCCGGUAGCCCCCGGUAAGGAGAAGAACCCAGCCCCUGAGCAGGACAGGGGUUCGGCCUUUGUUACCAGUAACAACAACCAAAACAACAACAGCCGGAGCAGCAGCACAGUCAGCAAACACAGCACCCGUGGCAGCACAGUCAGCAGACACAGCACCCGUGGCAGCACAGUCAGCAGACACAGCACCCGUGGCAGCACAGUCAGCAGGCACAGUGGCAGUGGCAGCAGCAGUGCCUUAAUAUGCUAA